UUCCUCGCGUAACGACCGGCACCGAGACAAGAACGGGCGCACGGACAAGAUAUCCCGAUUCUGCAAUGUCGUUUGUAAGAACGAAAGAGAAAUAAAAUCGAAUCGUUGCUAUCGAGUAAUAAUCUCAAUAGAGACAAAAGUCACCUGAAAAUAUACACUUUCUCCAGGCGCAUAUUGACAGGGCUGAUAUUCAGUUGCAUAGGAGAUGCGUUACUAGUUUGGCCCAGUUGUUUCACGGGCGGAAUGUGUAUGUUUGCUCUCGCCCAGGUCAUGUACAUCAGCGCGUUUGGUUUUAUACCGCUUAACAUAAUGCUGGGUACAAUUCUGUAUGCAAUGUGUUCCAUAGUUAUAUAUACCCUAAUGCCGGGUCUGAACGGUGUCUUGGUCGUUGGAGUUCCAGUGUACACGGUGCUGCUGACUACCAUGGCAUGGAGAGCGAUCUCGAGAGUGCAGUUCUAUAGGGAGUUAUGGACGUGGACUAAAUUAUGCAGCUGCAUCGGCAGUAUAUGUUUCCUUAUAUCCGACACGUUGCUGGGCUUCCACUACUUCCACAGUCCGUUGCCUUACUCCCAGGUCUCCAUCAUGCUGACUUACUACGCGGCUCAAUUGGGGAUCGCACUGAGCGCGGUGGGAUCUAAAAAUAACAACAACAUCAGCAACAACAGGAAUCAACCGGCCCCGGUGAAAGGUUGAGGUUAUCUUUGUCUAUAGAUUGUACAUAGUUUAAUGAAAUGGAUCUGGCCAGGACCGCUCAAAAUAAUUAGGAGAUUCGAGGGAACGAACCAAAUACUUUAAGCGAAACGUUUAGCUUGUACAAGCGGCAUUCGAGAGGCACGAAUGAUCUCAUUUCAAUGAUUGAGCGUUCUAAUUAUUUUGGGCCGUGUACCGCGAUAUGGAUACCAUACAUACACAGGACCGCUGUUACGUAAUUUACCAUUCGAAGUAGGUACAAUGCACGAUCAGUUGAAUGACGUGUACGACGACCGUAGAGAAUACCGAAGUUGUAACACUGCCACUCUCCCCGGCAACAGUUUUUACCCAUGACUCUGUCUCAUGAUUCAUUGCAUUGUACCUUACGUAGAGACACCUUCUUGGCCCGUUCACCCAAGCGUUAUUCGUUCUCUCUCCGUCAACGGUUUUUUUGGACAACGGUGUCGGACAGAGGAAUCGGAUGACUUUACAAAGCUGUGAACAAUUAGGGAUAUUUCUAUAGUAGUGAAUUGUAAAGAAAGAUGUUUAGCGAUAGGAAUAUUUCCUCGGUUUAAUUACCGUGCCGCACGAUGUUUUUGUCGAUCAGGUGGAAACCACGUGGAAUGUUUUCGUUGAAUUCCAAUGAUCCGGAUAAAACGUACCACUUCAAAUCGAAUCAGGAAUAAUAUUUUUCGUACGUGAAUCACAAUGAUGAUGUGCAUCGUUAGGAAAGCGUCGUGCGCGCGUUAUGUGUAUUGGGCCACAGUACACACACACACAGAUACAUACACAGACAGACACACACACUACGAACCAAAUCACAUUUUUGUACAGUAUAAAUGGGCGUUAUGCAUUUGACGCGUUAAUAGUUGAAAAUGAAUGUUAAUCGAAUAUGUGUAGAUAGAACGAUCGUAAUUAAUAAAAUAGAACUGUAGACGUUUUCACAUUCUUCUCUCUCGUUUUGAACAAUACUGUGUACGUUCCAGAGAGAACAGGAGGAGGUUUAUUUAGACCGUGUAGAUCUUCUGUUUACUACUGUAUUUACUGAGAUAAGUAUUACGAAACAGUAGCGAUGAUGCAUUUACCGAUGACACACGUACUAUGCGAAAAUACACCGAGUCGAACGACGAGACUCGUUUCUAUGAUAAGACUAUCCUUUUUGUAUACACACACACGUGGAGACGGAGAAUUCUCGUUUGAGGAAUGAAUUUUGUACCUUAGACCGUAAACGAUCGACCUGUAGAUCAUUGUAACACAGUGAUGGAUUUCCGUGACAUAUCAUUCGAUGGAAUUCAUUGUCGAGCAAGUGCAAAGUACUCUAACUUCGUUAGCGAAAAUAGCGUCUGAGCGAGAUGACAGAGAGUAGAGAAGAAAUUUCGCAGACAUGUUUACCAUUGAAAAAAUAAACGAUAUGUAUGUUUAUUUUCUUGCAGACGAAACUUUGUUUUACUUACUUUAAUACAAAGAUGUACAGGGUGUCGCAAUAGAAUGUUACUACACUUUAUUAACUGGUAUAACGCUGAAUUGUAUUUUUUUUUAAUUUUUCAUCAAAGCUUGGUAACGUUUCUCUUUGCCACACCCUGAAUACGUACGAGUAAUACAACGCAACAGAACAGUGAAGUAUAUUCGCAGUGCACGUAUGUCGAAGAUAAAAUAUUCGUUAAAAUGUAAGACACUUCAAUACGCAUUCUCCGGAUAUCUCUUUGUUUCUGUCGAUGAAAUUACUAGUCUCUAAGGAACUUCCAAAAAUGUUACUACUUACGAGUUGUUUAUCGACCUACUAUUUUUAUAUGUAACUCGUCGUAGAACACUGUGAACCGUGCAAAAGAGAACUGUUAACAAUUGCAAGUUAGACGUACCGUAUAACUCUACACUCCUACUUUACGAAUAAUUAAAGAAUUGUUGAUUCCACCACACCGAUACUAUUGUAACUGUGUUUAGAACAAUUCUACAAGUAUAAAACGAUGAUUGUUACUGUAAGACUAAUGUUUCUGCGCCUC